AUGUCGAAACCGAGCGGAAGCUCUUUAGGAGCGGCAUAUUCCAGGCUGCCGCCGAAUGCUGCGGAUAUAAACGGGUUGACCUGCCGCCUGGAGAUCAGCAAAGAUCUUCAUGGUAGACACGAGAGGUACAGCUGGCAGUUAAAGGAAGCAGCGUUCAUGAAAUGGCUUGGAAGCAAGGAGCCUUCUGCUCGCGUGCGAUAUGUCGACACAGUCAAGGCGGCAGCCGUGGCAAAAGCUAAAGCUGAUCCCUGGGAGAAGUUCGGUGAGGUGUUGGAGUCGAAUUUCUCACGGCAAAUAAAGUAUUCUGGCAGACCAUCCGCCGUCUCUGAGGUGAAAAGACUGACAGUUUCAGAGUCUUAA